UUGUGCAGUCCCCCACUCCGACUUACACUCCAACACAGUAGGUGGCGGUAUUGCACCUACUCGUUGUUAGUCCCGCAGCAGAAGAAGAAAUUUGAACCAUUGGCGGUCAUGGGGAAGUGUUCUCUCUCUUUUAUACUUUUGUUCUUUGUAUCAAAAGGUGAGACAUCCGUGGUUCAAACACAGCAGACUGUGACGGCAGCAGCUGGAGGAGAAGCUCAUCUCAGCUGUCGACUCACUCAACCUAAAGACGUCCUUCAAAUCACGUGGCAGAAAAUUGUAUCGGGAGUAGAGGAAAACAUAGGAUCUUACAGCGAGCUGUAUGGAGAAAGAGUGGUUUCUAAAUUCAAAGGAAAAAUCCUCAUCAGCAGCUUUGGGAUGCAGAACAGCUCCAUCGUUGUGAGGAACGUUUCAGAGGAGGACGGAGGAUGUUUUCUCUGUUUGUUCAACGCAGACCCUGAAGGGGCUCUGAAAGGAAGAACCUGCCUCCAAGUCUACGGUAAAAAGAUGUUGGAGCUUCUUCCAUCAGGUCUGGAUGUGGAACCCGGAUCUGUUCACGGCCGUGGCAGACUGGCUGUAAUAUUGAUAGCAGUCAUGGUGGGAACAGGUGUAAUCUCUGCCCUGAUCUUCUACAUGUGGAGAUGUCAUCCACAGAAAAGGUCAUUUUGGGGGAAAAAGUAAGACUCCAUCCUUUCUAUCAGUCCUGACCUGCAAAGAUACUUCUCACUUUUUAGUCUUUAAAUGUUUAAGCAGUUUCCAUUAACAUCAGCUUCAUUUUAGGUUUUAUUUUGUUUGUUUAUUUUGUUUUAUUUGUAACAGAACUGAACGACCUUCAAAGACUGAGGAGAAAACCACCAAGUACAGUCAAGCCUGGGAUUCAAAUAAGUCAUUUCAAAAAUGAUGUUUUUUU